AUGAUGUUUCCAAAACUCUUUCUUCUUCUGAGUAUGGUGGCAUUGUUUUGCUCAGCAACUGAAGGUUCUGAGGCCACAAACUCUUGUCCUGUCACAGUCUGUGGUUCUCCUGGCAUCAACAGUUUACCUGGCAGAGAUGGGCGUGAUGGUCCUAAGGGAGAUAAGGGAGAACCAGGUGUAGGGCAAAGAGGCAUGCCGGGUACUCCUGGACCUUUGGGAAUGGUAGGAGAACGUGGGGCCCCUGGGUUUCCAGGACAAAAAGGCUCAAAAGGAGAUACAGGAAAUUGUGCAGCUGAUGAUUGUGGACUAGCAAUUUCAGAAAAGAAAGCUUUCCAAGAUCAAUUAGAUCGCAUCAAAAAUGUGUUAUCAUUUGCUCUCGGGGCAAAGGAUGGAAAGAAGCUCUUCAUUACCAAAGGUGAUCUGAUGAAUUUAGACCAAGCCAAAGAAAUGUGCGGAAAAUUCCAAGGUUCCGUGGCUGUCCCCACAAAUGCUGAAGAGAAUGAAGCCAUCAAAAAAUUAGUCAAUGGAGAGGCCAUCCUGGGCCUUACAGAUGAGAAGAAUGAAGGUCAAUUUGUGGAUCUAAGAGGAAGGACACUUACCUACCAAAACUGGAACGAUGGCGAACCUAACAAUGAUAAUUUUGGGGAAAACUGUGUGUUAUUCCUGAAGAAUGGCAAGUGGAACGAUGUAGAUUGUUCUCAUACUGCUUUGGCUGUUUGCGAGUUCCUUCUCUGAAGAGGCAAGAUCAUCUAUCUGAUCCUUAUAGUCACUUCUUCUGAGUAGUUAGACUGAGA